CUUUGACUUGCUGUGGUCAACAGCAGUAACAGAAACUUCAUUCUGCUGCUAGCAUCAUCUGAGAGAAGCUGUCUAUUACCAUGUUUGGCUUCAGGAUGUCCAUUCUUAAAGUCUUGUUUUUCAUUCUAUUGGUGGCUGGUGAUUCUCUGAGUCAAGAACCCAACUGCACUGCAGUUGAGGACUUUGGUGACUGCAGUGGUAAUAGUGACGGCUUCUGUCCUGCCAAAGUUCCUUGUCAAUGUAAAAAUGAAAAACCUUUUUGCAGAUGUGAUUACUACAGAGAGGGCUGGAUGGAGUAUUGGUAUAUGGGCCCUAAAUGUAACCAGCUUUGGAACACACUGGAUUUAAUACUAGUAUCUGUUCUUCCUGCAGUAGCCCUGGUUUUCUUAGUUGUUGCAAUAUUUCAGUGUGUCUACUGCUGUAAAGGUAAAAAAGCCAGGAAGCAAACAAAUUCUCCAUACCAAGAAGUACACCACAACCCUACAUUUAGUCACGAACUGUCUGGUAACCUGGGACAUGCUUCUCAGCAGUCACCAAGGGUCGCCUGGACUGGACAACUGCCGAAAGCUGUACUGAGAAGACAAGACUUUGAUGAUCUCCCAGGCCCAAGUCACUUAGAUAAUUCUAGCCCCAGGUAUGCUCAGCCACUGAGGAGACCAGACUAUGUUUCCAGCCAGCAGCCCCAACAAUUCGACAGCUUUGUCUAUCCAGGCAACAAUAGACCUUAUGGAGGUUAUGCAGAAGACAGGCAGUAUUCGAGAUACUAAUACCAGUGUUUCCUUGAUCUGAAGUUUCUGCUGCAUUAUCAAUGAAUGAGAAAUCCAAACGUUGAGAGAUCAGUAAGGCCUUGUGUACCUGGAUGCAGAGAAAAUAGUAACUCGUAGAGAGCACUAGAAGUCAUUCCAAAAAAAGUAUAGAAGAUAAUUAUAAAACAAAACAUAAUUACAAAACUAUUACCCAAUUUAUUUACUGUAUAAUUUAUGAAAGUUUAUCUUUUUUUGGAUACCUGAUUUAACAGUUUAUACAUCUGUUUCUAGGAAUUACUUAAAUUGUUGCAUAUCUAUCUGGACAGAGAUUUCUGUGAUUAACUAUGUUGUGUGCCUGACAAGUACCUGUUAGAAAAAGCUGCUUUUUCUCAGAGGAAACUCAUAGGAAAGAAGGUCUUCCCAAAAAUUCAGUAUGAGAUCUGACAAAUACACAUGCUAAUCAUCAUUCUUCCUUCAUUGCUGUGGAUUUAAACCUAUAUUAAAAAGAAAGGAGAAGUUGCAUUUUUCCUUAUUUCUCAGGAAGGCUUGUCAAAGACAGCUUCUGCCGAGUAUAGUUUUUCCAUUUGGCUUUCCCAUUCCUUUGUGAUUUUUUUUCUCUACUCUGUUUCGCUCACAAGCUAGUGAGCAAUGGUUCCUAAUAUAAUGUUUUUAAUAAGACCAUAUAUUUUUCUGACUGAAAUCAUGGAGAUUCUUCAGGGCAUUUUAGUGUGUAGAAUCUAUUGUUCCCUGAUAGGCAUUUGUUUUUCUUUUUUUUUUUUUUCCACCAGAAGAGCCAUUAGUUAAGGAAGAAAAGCAACAGAUUUCAUACAAUCUUGAACAUUUAUUAAAAUUUGUAUUCUUGCUUGUUCCAGUAUCCCAAAGAAUGAGGCAAAAGGGAAGGAAGGUUCUCUUGUCAGGUGUAGCCACCUACUCCACUGAUACUAGCAGCAUUGAACGAGUGUAACUGAGGCACUUAGGUUCUCGUUUUCUCAAGAUGCAUCAAAUACUGAAAAACUGGCCAGUAUAGCAAUGUGAGCCCUGCAGUCCCUUGUUUCUUUUUCACUUUAUCUUAGUCACUUUGUUGAACCUAACAGCUCAAAUUUUUUUUCUUUAAAAAUACAGUCUGUCUUUGUAACAUCUCUUGUCAAUAAUGAAAAUAAAUGAAACUAUGGAAAAUUGACUGCCUUACCACUAACUAAGAAAUAAAAGGUACUGAAAACCUGAAUAUUUUCCCUAUUUUCCAAAAUGGCUCAAGCACAUUAUUUUAACAUUUAUUCUAAGUGAGUAUUUUCUUUAAUGUUAGAUGAUGUGUGAAACAGUAUGACAGAAUAGAAUCCUAAGGUUUUUAGAAACAUGAAAAUACUGACAUUUCUUCCUUAUAAAUCAGAAUUCCCUCCUUAUAACCAGCUUCAUGGCUUAGCUGCAUUAUGGCACUUUCUGUGCUCUCCACAACUGUCAGUUAUUGGCUGAACUAUCUUGGCUUUCCUGUGCAAGUACGCUGGUAGAGAAGCCAGAAAUCUCUCCAGACCCCUUUCAUUUUCCUUUCUUUUCCUCGAAAAAAAUGUAGUUAAUAGAUUCGGCUCCCUAAAAAUGGAACUAUAUCUCCAAAACUGGCAGUUUUUUCAUAGCUCUGUAACUUAGCUUCUGUUGUGAGAGCUAAAUCUCCAGCCAAAAUUUGUUGUUGUUGUUUUUGCUUUGUUUUCUGGAAACUAUCUAACGUGGGUAGGUUUCCCAAUUUUACUACUGUAAGAAACCAGUAGGCAUUUCAGUCUGGGCCUUAAAAUUAUUGAGGCAGAUUUGCAAAUUGUUAAAUCACUGAAUGAUAGGGUAAUUUUUCAUGAAUAGCUGAAAAUACAUUCACCAAAAUUCAUUGAAAAGAAUCCAAAGAGUUUCUGAAUGUGGACUGCUUGUAAACCUGCAUUAUAAUGUCCUCUGAGGCUCUGCGCAGCCGAGAACAAUGCCUUUACAUGUCAGCAUUAAUAAUUUUCUUGCUGAUUAAAGCACAAAUAUAAAAUAUUCAUACUUUUAACAUCCACACAAUCAGCUUGAAGAAGCAUCUUGUCUCACCGGAGGAUGAAGCAUGGAACUAUUACACUCCAUUUACUUGCGUGACCGACUGUCCUUUCUAUAGGCACGUUCAGUGAAAGUAUCCUACUAAUCAUCCAGUUUGUAUCAGGAAUACGUGAAAAUAUUUGUCUGUCAUCAUCUGAAUCAUAACAGAAACUGGUAUUUAGAUCUUAGGCUAUCAGUUUAAGCUAUUAAGACCCAAGAAGGGUCAGGUACGAGCGUAUCAAAAUUCUGUCCAUGAAUUAUUUUUUCCAUCAUUUUUAGCCUCCAGUAGUGCCAUAAUUAAAAAACCUCUGGAUGUUACUGACCUCUGGCUCCACUCACCAAUCUGUGGGUAACUGUAGAAUUUGAGUGCUAGAUUUCAUAUUCUACCUCUCCUUUGCAAAGGCAUAGGAGAAAGAGAUGAGGCAAUCCUGUCAAAUAUACUUGGUGCCGGCAAGAGAAGAGCUAUCUAGAGGUACGUGCUCAUGCUGCUUAAAUGAAAAUGAAUAAAUUUUCACAGAGAACGAAGCUUUCCUGUUCAGACUUCUCUGCUCUUUGUUCUUCAGGCAGAUGAAGAGUUGCAGGACAUCAGCCAGAGGGAUAGGCACUGCUCCUGUUUUACUUAACCAUUCAUGAUCAAAUCAUCAGUGUUAACAUCAGGCAGUGGUAUGUAGAAAGAAAAAAAAGUGAAGAAAGUGCUUGAAAUAAUGUGGUGUCAUUUAAAGUAAUCAUUACAAUUGUAAAUACCUUUUUGAUUACAUCAUUAUGCUUCGGAUGUCUCCCUCUUACCUGGAGAGCCAAGAAGCUCCACAGUUCUUUGGAAUGUUUGUGUUCUUAGCUGAAGGUUAAAGGGCAAGUCUGGUCUUCAGCUAGUUACGGUUAUUACGAUGUGCUACUUCCCUGUCAGGUAUAAACAUUUUUAAUUGUU